AUGGAUAAUACUUCAGAAUUGAGACUUUACUUUGCAUGCGAAUUGUGCGGUAUGUGUUGUAAAAAGAGAGUGAAAAGCUCAGUUGAGUCAGAUGUUAUACUCCAAGCAAGCGAGAUAAUUCCAGGCUCUAUACCACAAUUUUCGGACGUUACUUUAAAGCGAAACAAACGCGCACAACAAAAAGACUGUACUGCUUCUUCCAAGCGACACCACAUACUUCAAUCGCAGGCAUCCACAGAAGGUCUUCUUGCUGUCUUGUCGUCGCACAGUCUUUCACCACAGACGAAGCAAUUGCAUACCAGAAACAUGCCACUUGUCGUCGACACGAUUUAUUCUCCAGUGAUUACUUCAAAACAUGCAUGCCAGAGUUUUCUUGAGCCAGAGAGCAAUACGCAGCCCAAACAAGCCGUUUUACCUGUCCAGACUCAGCAGGUUCUAAGCUGUUACUCUGACGCUCAUUCUCCAUACGACCGCAACAUGGUGCAGUUUUCAGGUCUGUAUGUCGUUCGUGGUCCUACAGCGCCGAAACAUUUGCGAUAUACUAUGGAAAUUACGAUCGCAAAAUUGCACUUACGAUCACGCUGUAUCCAGCGAUUUCAGAGCUUUUUCCUCCUACGAAAACGUCUCCUCAAGAUCCUCAAGACUCGAUUGCCAUCUCGCAAAACAUUAUUGGACGAAACUCCGUUCAUUUCGGCCAAUUAUGAACUUGUGGAAUUUCUAACGCGUCCUCGGUCUAUUCAGUGUCACGAAUGUGAGUCGACAUACCGUCAACUUGCUUCAGUGAAAUUUCCGCGUCGGACUUUGCUAUCUCCAAGUAGUCAAGAUGUGCAAGAACGUUCUCAGCUGCUUGAGACGUUUCUUGACCAUUGCGUGCAAAUUGCUACGAGGUGGGCAGCUUGCCAGCGCAGCAAAAGAAUGUUUGUUGCGACUCUAGGUACGUUCUUAGGGGUUGAUCUAACGACUCUUCUGAACAAUCAAAAGGAAGUUUUGGAAGUUCGUUGCGUCAAAGACGAAAAGAACGACUUGGCUUUGACCAAAGCGAAUGAUGGUGCGAUGCUGUCGCCAUCUCUUCAAGAUAAGAGCGAUCAUGGUGACGAUUUCAAAGAUGACCGGCACUCAGAACCAAACUUUACCUUCAUUUCCGACUUGUCUGGACAUAACAACGUUAAGCGUAGCCAGUCGCAUCGCUGA